AUCUGGUUCUAAAAAUUUAGUUUUAUUUUUCGAACAAUACCUGUCUAUGUUCUUGUACGAAGCUUUGAUCAAAAAAUGUAUAUCAAUUACUUCAAUAAGAAAAGCCCGCCAACUUCAUGCCUUACUCCUUACCUCCAUGUCAAUGACUAUUUCACUGUAUACACCAUUCCUUCGUAAUAAUCUCAUAUCUAUGUACUCGAAAUGUGGUUCUCUUCGAGACUCCCAACUUGUAUUCGAUGGAAUGCCUCAAAGAAAUAUUAUUAGCUUUAAUGCGUUAAUCACAGCGUAUUCUGGAUCUCCAAAUGACGCUUUGUUUGCAUUUCGGGUUCUUUCAGAAAUGAGAACUCUAGGUUUUAGACCGAACAAUUCGACCUUUACAAGCUUACUUGGAGCAUGUUACGCUCUUGAAGAUCAAUUGGUAGGGUCUAAAGUGCAUUGUCAAGUAAUCAAAUUUGGUUUUGUUGAAGAUGUCCGGGUUCAGACAUCGUUACUUGGAAUGUACUCACAUUGUGGUAACCUGGAAUCUGCUGCCAAGGUUUUUGGAGGUAUGGCUGAUAGAGAUUCCAUUGCGUGGAAUUCAAUGAUCUUUGCGUGUAUGAAGAAUGACAAGCUCAAGGAAGGGGUUCAAAUGUUUUGCAAAAUGGUAGGUACGGGUUCAAAGCCGACACUGUUUACUUAUUCUAUGCUGUUGAAUGGUUGUGGGAAGUUGGGAGAUCAUGUCAGUGGGAAAAUUAUUCAUGCUCAAGUAAUUGUUUGUGAUUUAUCAGCUGAUGUUCCUUUGGAAAAUGCACUCCUUGAUAUGUACUGCAAGUGUGGUUAUAUGGAGACUGCAUUAUGCCUUUUCAAAUACAUGGAGAAACCAGAUAUGGUUUCUUGGAACUCGAUGAUAUCUGGGUAUUCAGAGAAUGGAGAUGGUAAUAUGGCUGUUUCUUUGUUCAUACAAUUACACCGAAUAUCUUACAGAAAACCAAAUGAGUAUACUCUUGCAGCUGUUAUCUCUGGAACUGGAGACUUGCCAGCCUCCUAUUAUGGGAAACCUCUCCAUGCUCAAGUUCAGAAACUUGGAUUCGAGAGUAGUGUUUUUGUAGGAAGCACAUUAAUUUAUAUGUAUUUCAAGAAUGAAGAAGCACGCUCCGCUCAACGACUUUUUUCAGCGAUGCCGACAAAGGACGUAAUUACUUGGACUGAGAUGAUAUCUGGUCAUACACGGUUAGGUGAUUGUGAAAAUGCAAUCAAGUUCUUCAACAAAAUGCAGGAGGAAGGUCACAAACUAGACAAUUUUUCUAUAAGCAAUGUUUUAAGUUCAUGUGCUGAUAUGGUUGCUCUGAGACAAGGUGAAAUGAUUCAUUCCCAGGUUGUUAAAGCUGGAUUUGAAGAAGAUAUGUGUGUAUGUGGAUGUCUGGUUGAUAUGUAUGCCAAAAAUGGUGAUCUUAAAGCUGCUCAGUUAAUAUUCUCGACGGUUUCAGAACCUGAUUUGAGAUGCUGGAACUCAAUGCUUGGAGGAUUUAGUAACCAUGGAAAAGCAGACGAAGCCAUCAAGCUUUUCAACGAGGUCUUAAAACAAGGUCUGAAACCAGACCAAGUUACCUUUGUCUCUCUUCUCUCUGCUUGUAGCCAUUGUGGCAUGGUUGAAGAAGGCAAUAUGUAUUGGAAUUACAUGAAGAGAAAUGGCAUGAAACAUGGCUUUAAGCACUAUUCAUGCAUGGUAAGCCUACUAUGUCGAGCAGGAUUGUUAAAUGAAGCAGAAGUGUUGAUCAAGGAAGCAAAUUUUGGUGAAAAAAACACCACGCUAUGGAGAAUUUUGCUUAGUUCAUGCAUUGUGUAUAGAAACUUCAAACUUGGGGUUACAGCUGCUGAUGAAGUGUUAAAAUUGAAUGUUGAAGAUGACGCGACUUUGGUACUGCUUUCAAAUUUAUAUGCAGCUGCAGGAAGAUGGGAUAGAGUUGCAGAAAUGAGGAGAAAGAUAAGACGAAUGAUGUCAGAAAAGGAUCCUGGGGUUAGUUGGAUUCAGAUAUCACAGAAGAUUCAUGAUUUUGCCUCUGGAGAUCAGUCCCAUCAACAGGCCGAUGAUGCAAGAAAUGAAUUGCAUCGAAUACAAGAGAACAUGAAAAAAUGUGAAACCAGCAGCCUCUAAACUCGUAUGGUGUUCUCAGAAUCUCAAAUGUGUACAAUCACAAAUUUAUACACAGGAAAGGGAAAAUUAAGGAAAAGAAAGAACGAGACCAAGAGGCGUGAUCGGUUGCUCAGUGGAGCAACCUUUAAAACAGACUUUCAUUACAGUACAGUCAAGAGGACAACUUGAUUCACGACCUCUGUUGGGCCAUUUUCAAAACUUGAGUAAAUAUCUAGGGAGAAAUAUCUCAGGCUGACAACCUUGAAUGCAAUGGGGUAUACAAAGCAUCCCAGUAUAGCGUAUUCAAGAAGUUGCCUGAAAAUAUCCAACUAUUUACAA